CCUAAAAAGUCUGGCAACUCUCUGCCGGAUUGUUGUUACGCGAGCGAUUUUUUAAGUUUUUAUUUCUAGUUAAAUUUAUCAAAGAAAUCGGGUAGAAUGUUGGCCCUACGCAGCACCCCGAGAUUGAGCUUACGUUCCCUGCUGCCGGCUGCCUACAAAAACGUGGGAUUGGCCAGCUACUCCUCCUCGCAGUCCAAAAACGACGAUGGAUACUCCUCCUCGGACGACGAGAAGCCCACGAAGAAGAAGGACACGCCCAAGGAAAAGGAGACGGCGGCCCAGCGACUGAACCGCCUGCUGGGCACCAUGCAGGCCACAGAUCAGCUGUCGGCCUCCGACUUUCCACGUCCUGGCGACGCCAACCGGAAGCGCAGGGAGGCCCAGAAACAGGAGGCGGCCUCCAAGAAUGUCCUGACGGCGGCCAAGAAUAUUGCCAGCAUGCUGGGCACCAGCGAGAGCGACAAGAAGCAGACGGAGUCGGAGCUGCUGGCCAAACUCCUCGGUCACGGCAGCGAAUCCUCUUCAGCGGCAAAAGGAGAUAGUCAGACGGCUGAUGCUUCAGCUGCCCCUGCUGCCGAAAAGGAACUCAAUCUGAGCGAUCUAAUUGUGGGCAUGAAGAUCGAUCGUCGCCAGCAGCCACAGCAGGAGCAGACUCGCGGCGAGUACGUGCGUCGCUCGUUGGCCUCCAGGUCCAAGCUGCAGGGAAGAGACGGUGGCUAUCAGCGGCCACAGAGGCACAUCAAGCGGGAGGCCGAAUCCUUUACGGGCAGUGUCAACUUGUAUGGCGGCGAACCGCUGGGCAUCUUCAAGGACACCCAGCUGCCCAGUUCCCCCGACAUCCUGUCCACCUGGGCGCAGCUCAGCGAGCGGGAGCUGAGCCUCCAAGCGGCCCAUCCGCCGGCGAAUUACUUUGAGCAGAUGGUCCUGUGGACGGAUCAGAGCAAAGUGUGGCGCUUUCCCAUUAACAACGAGCAGGAUUGGUCGGACGAGGACAACGUGGACUUCUCGGAACACAUUUUCCUCGAACAGCAUUUGGAGGAAUGGUGUCCCAGCAAGGGACCCAUCCGCCAUUUCAUGGAGCUCGUCUGCGUGGGCCUGUCCAAGAAUCCCUAUGUGACCGCCCAGGAGAAGAAGGAUCACAUCCUGUGGUUCCGUGACUAUUUUUUGGCCAAGAAGGACAUUCUCAAGGACCUGAUUAGCAAGGAGCCCGGCAAAAGUAUUUCCGCUUGAUAUCUUUGUUUGAAUAUUUGUUAAAAAUAUAUUUUUGCUUUAUAAGACCAUC